UUUGCAAAUAGCUAUUGGGAUUUUGCAAGCUGCGCAGCUGCUUAUUGUUUAGCGUAUUCAUUUUUUAAACAAUUUAUUAAAAACACUAAAAACAAACAAUGUUUAAGCAAGUGACCAAACAAUUGGCGCUGCAGGGCGUGCGCAGCUUUUCCGUUGGCCAACAGAACAACUACAAGGUGACCGUAUGCGGCGCCUCCGGCGGAAUUGGCCAGCCGUUGUCGCUGCUGCUCAAGCAGAAUCCCUUGGUUACGGAUCUGGCUCUGUACGAUAUUGUGCACACUCCCGGCGUGGCAGCCGAUUUGUCUCACAUCGACACCAAGAGCAAGACUGCCGGAUUCAUGGGCGCCGAACAAAUGGGAGAUUCGCUCAAGGGUGCCGAUGUCGUUGUCAUCCCCGCCGGAGUGCCACGUAAGCCUGGCAUGACUCGCGAUGAUCUGUUCAAUGUCAACGCUGGCAUCAUUCGCGACAUUUCCAAAUCCAUUGCCAAGAACUGCCCCAAGGCUCUGGUGGCCAUCAUCACGAAUCCAGUAAACACCUGUGUGCCCAUUGCUGCCGAAAUCCUGAAGAAGGCUGGUGUAUAUGAUCCCAAGCGUCUGUUUGGCGUAUCCACUUUGGAUGUGGUGCGUGCCCGUGCCUUCAUUGGUCAUGCCCUCGGUGUUGAUCCCCAGAGCGUGCAGAUCCCCGUCAUUGGUGGCCACUCUGGUGUCACCAUUCUGCCUGUGCUGUCGCAGAGCCAGCCUCUGUUCAAGGGCAACCAGGAUGCCAUUGAGAAGCUGACAGUGCGUAUUCAGGAAGCCGGCACUGAGGUGGUUAAGGCUAAGGCUGGCGCUGGUUCCGCCACCUUAUCGAUGGCCUAUGCAGGCGCCCGUUUCGCUGGUUCCCUGCUCAAGGGUCUGAACGGUGAGAAGAACGUCAUCGAGUGCUCCUACGUCCAGUCAAACAUCACUGAGGCGACAUUCUUCUCCACUCCCCUGGUGUUGGGUAAGAAUGGUCUGCAGGAGAACUUGGGUCUGCCCAAGCUCAACGACUACGAGAAGAAGCUGUUGGAGGCAGCAAUUCCCGAGCUGAAGAAGAACAUCCAGAAGGGCAUUGACUUUGCCAACGCUUAGGCUGAAUUAUAUCCCAGCUAUUCACUAGCCAGUCAAUCAAUCAACCCCCAAACUGUUUCCAUCAUUAGACAUCAUCUAGAUUUCAUUACAUCCAACAUAUGAGAAAGAAUUGGUUGUUUACUUAGAAAAAUUCACUCGUUUUAAGUUGAAAAGUGUACAAUAUUCGUAUUUCCAAAGAUAAUACCAUCCAUUUUAAUAAUGGAACCAGUUGAUACUUAAAACCUAAAUAAAUUACCAACUUAGUACGAAUAAAGUGAUUGAAAAUUA